UGCCUCAUCGAGGGCUGCGGGCGCGCCUUUCCUCGCAAGAGCGCCAUCGAGAGCCACAUCCAGACGCACCUCGAGGACAAGCCCUUUGUCUGCCCUCACGACGACUGCGGCGCCUCGUUCGUCCGACAGCACGACUUGCGGCGGCACGAGCGCAUCCACUCGGACAACAAGCCGUUCCCGUGCGGCUGCGGCAAGGCGUUCGCUCGUGGCGACGCCCUCACUCGGCAUCGAGCUCGCGGCAUCUGCUCGGGUGCGGCCGGCGGACGCUGA